GGAAAGAAAAAAAAAACUUAUUUUGACUUAAAAUAAUUGCUUAGAAAAAAAGAAAGAGAAACGACAUGGCUGGCUGCUAAUUAGGUCCUCUUUCUCAGUCAGUCCUUCUCUCAUUCCACUUUUCCAAAUCUGAAUGAAACCAUGACAUCUUCCGAAUCCAACGCUACAGAUCACGUCCUCGAACUCAUCGUUCACGACGCAUCACAACCACCACCACCACCGCCGUCUUCCUCCGACGACUCUCGCGAUAAUGUCGAUACCCAAAUUGCCCCUCUCCUCUCCCACACAGAUAGACCGAAGAUCAACAUCUUCACCGCUUCUUACCCUAGAAGAAAACCCAGAGAUGAAGUAACGAGAUUACUUGAGUCUGAGUCAUCAUCUCCUUUUACUCAGUGUAUAUUGUGGAUAUGGAAUGGGUCCAGAUAUUCUGGUUUACUCUGCAUGGCUUUGUCAUCCAUUGUUUAUUUUCUUAUGGGAGUUCUUUCCAAUAUUUUUUCUGUUCAGGCUAUUCCUUUGUUUGAGACGGCUUUUACAAGAUGUACGAUUAUUUUGAUACUGUCAUAUUUGUGGUUGAGAAGGAGUGAACAACCACUGUUUGGAGCAUCCAAUGUUAGAAUCAUUUUACUUUUAAGGGCCCUUACUGGCUGUAUAUCAAUGUCAAGUUUUGUAUAUUGCUUUCAGAGGUUGCCUUUCUCUCAGGCUAUUGUGUUGAAUUCAACAACUCCAAUUAUGGCUUCAGUAAUGGCACGGUUCUUUUUGCGUGAGAAAUUGAAAAUUGCAGAUAUUGCAAGUCUUGCUUGUAGUUUCUUCGGUGUGAUCUUCUUCUUCCGAGAAAUGCUUGCUACUCAAGAACAGGUAGUCAAAUUUGCGGAAGUAAGCAAUGCAAAUGCUAAGCCAAGUCAUCAUAUAUUUGAAAUCCUAGUGGGCAUCUUUUCAUCAAUAAUUGGUGGAACUAGUUACUGCCUUAUAAAGGCUGGAGCUAAAGCAUCUGAUCAACCAUUGUUGACUGUCUUUUCAUUUGGCAUACUGGCUAGUCCUGCAAUGGGAUUAUGCACUUACAUCUUUGAGGAUUUUGUGCUACCAAGAGUAGAGUCAAUUUUGCUUAUGCUUGUACUUGGUGUUCUGGCCUUCUUUGCUGAGGUCUUGUUAGCACGAGGACUGCAACUUGAGAGGAUGGGUAAAGUUGCCAACGUUCAGUACAUGGAGGCAGGACUAAACCAAUUUUGGAGAGUUGCAUUGACAUUAGUGAGUCCAGCUUUGGAUCAUCUGAUUGGAAUUUUACUUAUUGUUGUCUCUGUAUUUUUUACCAUGUACAUAGGACCUGACAAGGAGACGGAAUGAUAUGAGUUGAGAUCUGAUUUGAUUGGUGUAUUGUGUUGGGUUAGUGGUUAAUAUGCUGUGAGUGAUUCAUUUGUUAUAUUCUAACUUGUUUAUAUCAAAGUAUAGUUUAACAGAAAAGCCAUUUCACUUGGUUUUCAAAUCCAAAUAAGCUCCUUCAGAACCUUGAAUCCAACUAAUCUUCCAGACCAAGAGAACAAGAAAACAACUUAAUAAAGUUAUAGUUUCAAUGCUUAGCAAUGUUUCGAUCUUAGUGUGCACAUGUAAACCACCAGUUUCUAUUCUUCAUGUGACAAUUUUGCAUCAAAGGUUGUUAAGUCUAAUAUUAUUCUAACCACACAAAGGGUUUUAUGAUAUGAUUUUGAUGCCAACAACUUUACUAUUUUCAGCCAUUCCUGGGUUUUAACUUUCACUAGGUUACAAAUUGGAACCACUUGAGUUGGGAAAUUAUAGCAACACCAGCAGAAGACAUUAACCUUAACUUUCCCAAUAAACAUUAAGCAUCAAUGAGCCGUGAGAGCUCAAUAUUUGGAACAACUCGAACAACUUGCCGUGAGAGCUCAAUAUUUGGAACAACUCGAACAACUUUCAGGUUUUAAUUGGAUGUACACGGGAAGAAAGAUAAAAUAAAUCUUAAAGGGCAGACAACGUUUAACCCGGAAAUAAACUUUUAGAAAUUCGAAGGAACCUUAAAAUUAAAACGUGAACCUCAUUCUGAGUAAUGAGAAUUUAAGUUAGCACAAGUUCAGAGUUAAUCCUGGCACCCCAAAUUGAAAGAAAUGACUAUAAUAAUCUUACAA